GCUCGCACUUUGGGCAUCAUUAUGGGCGUAUUUCUGCUCUGCUGGCUGCCCUUUUUCCUUUGGUAUGUCAUCACGUCGCUCUGUGGCGCCUCCUGCCCCUGCCCGGAUGUGGUCGUGGUGGUACUCUUCUGGAUUGGCUAUUUCAACUCAACACUUAAUCCGCUCAUCUACGCCUAUUUCAAUCGAGACUUUCGGGAUGCCUUUCGCAAUACACUGGAGUGUGUGCUACCCUGCCUGGAGAAGCGCAAUCCCUAUAAUGCUUACUAUGUCUAGAGUCUAUAAAGAUCUCUAAAUGCUACCAAACGAUGCCACUGUAAGUGAUAUUCAAUACUCUUAGCUAAUACCAAAUAAAACGCCACUCUUGCAAACAAAAAAAAAAAGAAAUCUUUGUUAAAGCCUUCGAGCUAAGCAAUACUCAAUUGUGUGUUUAUUAUGUAUACGUAUUUAUGUAAUUGUACUUAUGUAUUUAUAAGCAAGUAUUACGCUAAGCUAGGGACUCUUAACUUAAUGGAUUCUCAUAUCAUGUCAAAUGUGUGUCUAUUAAGCAUAUACGUAAAACCUCAAAUGGGUAUGUCUUUGUCCCUAGUAUAAGAGAAAACUCUCAAAAUCGAAGCAAUUGAACAAGCCACUAGAAAAUAAAAAAGAAUUAAGAAAAUAUAUAACUACUAGAAUAUUAAACCUAAAAAUAAUACUUCGGUAAAUAUUCGAAGCUUACGUUCUUUUCAAGUGUCCGAUCGCUAUAUUUCAAUGUUUCAGUUUAUCUGAACUAUCUAAAGUCAAAUUUAAAAUACGACUCCACUGAUAACGCUUUAAAUAUAAUGAAAUAUACUAUUCCAAUAUUAUAUUAUACAAAUUGUUACAUUUUCAACGGUCAAAAUUUAACGGAUUAUGCCUAAUAAAUGCAAAUUGACCCACAAAAAUAGGGUACUACAAUUAGUAAAAAUUAGUUUAAGCCGAUUAAUCUCCUGUUUCCAUUUUAAAAAAUCUUGAAAAUGGAUCCUAAUUUUGUGUUAAGCGGGUAAGUUAGAAUAAUAAAUAUUGUUCGUCUUGAAACAAACAUUAAUGUUAAGGAAUGCAAUCUAAAUUGAAUUGUUCGCGUCAUAAAGAAUAUUCCAGCUUAAUGACAAUCUAACAAAAAUAACACAAAACUUUAAAAUGCAAAAGUUAUCAGACGUAGCAAAUUUCUUAAUAUACUAGGAAAAGUUGAUUAAGUUACUUGAUUUCCUUUUAAAAGUUAAUGCUACUUUUGUGAUACCUAUUAAAGGGAAUUGAUUUCAUUUUUAGUUCAAUUUGUUAACGAUUUCUGUACGCAUUGCAAGUUUAUUUUACAGAUAAAGCGAAUGAAAUGCAAUCUCGUCUAAUAUACAUAUAUAUUUUAUUUCUAUGUAUUUACUUGCUGAAAACUAAAUAAUUACGAGUUAAAGUGUGCAA